ACACCGCCCCCGGCCGCGCUCCUCCAGGGGAGGAGGGGGGUCCGGCAGCGCCUCUCCUCGGCACCGGCUCUCGGUUCCUUUCUGCCUCAGUCCGUCCCACCCGCCCGCUGCCGCUCCGGGGGAGCAGGUGCUUGACUCCUCCAGGGUAGACGCACCGGUGCCCGGAGCGGGCCAGGAGGGAGGCUCUCCCCGGGGAGCGCGGUGCGCCGUACAGGCCGGCCAAAGGCGCUGAAGCCCGGCGUGGGGCGGCCGGGGAGCCCCGCCCGCCGCAGGCGAGGCCGCGGCCCUGACUGGGCGCGGGGAGGCGGGAGGGGCGCGCGGGAGGCGGAGGACAUGUUGUCUCCCCGGCGGAAAGGGCGCUGCGGCCGUUCCCCACCGGCUCCCGAGAAAAGCCAACGGUCCCCGGCGGCCCGAGAGCUCGGCGGCCCCGCUAUGGAGGAAGGCAGCGGCUUCCGCCUCUCGGCCGAGUGCCUGGACGAGCCGCCUAACAGCCGCGUCUUCGUGGUGCUGGGGAAGGACACCGGGGAGGCGCUGAUCCGGGAGCGCUUCUCCCCCUUUGGGGACAUCCAGAACAUCUGGCUCCUGCGGGACAAGCGCACCAAUGAGUCCCGCGGCAUCGCCUUCAUCAAGUUCGCCCGCAGCUCGCAGGCCUGCCGGGCCAUGGAGGAGAUGCACGGCCGCAGCCUGGUCCCCGACACCAAGCCCAUCAAGGUAUUUAUUGCACAGUCAAGAGCUUCUGGAAGCCACAGAGAUGUUGAAGAUGAGGAGCUUACACGAAUCUUUGUUAUGAUACCAAAAUUCUAUACAGAGGAAGAUCUGCGAGAGAAGUUUAAGAUGUAUGGAGACAUUGAGUAUUGCAGCAUUAUUAAAAACAAGACUACUGGAGAAAGCAAAGGUUUGGGCUAUGUGAGGUAUUUAAAACCAUCCCAAGCUGCCCGAGCAAUUGAAGAGUGUGAUCGAGGCUACAGGGCCAUUUUGGCUGAACCUAAAAAUAAGUCAUCUGAGUCUCUUGAACAUGAUUAUUAUAGUAAUAACACGAGGCAAGAACCAAGAGGAAAUACACUUCCAUUUUGUGGGCAGCCAGAGUUUUGUAGUUUUGAAAAAAACGAGAGCAGAAUUCAAGAGUCAAUCUCCAAACGUCUGUCAGUGGUAUCUCGGCUUCCCUUUAUCCAAGAGCAGCUGUUCGCCCUCUUUGAUCUAGUACCGGGACUGGAAUAUUGUGAUGUUCAGCGAGAUCCUCAUACCAAUAGUGGGUACGCUGUGAUUCAGUACAGUACUGCUGCGUCGGCAAUAUAUGCCAAGUAUAAGUUACACGGUUUUGAGUAUCCUCCUGGAAAUCGACUAACUGUCAUUUUCCUAGAAGAUGGGAGUGACAGCUCAGAACUCAUCAGAAAAAUGGCCACACAGCUGGUAACAGCACAUGUGUCAUCAGUGUUGCGGAAUAACAAUACAGUUGUUCAGCAGUAUAGGACACCUCCUCAGGCGUUUGGAGGAACUUCUGGCUCGCAGUUACUCCAGCCCCAAACAGAUGCCAUACUUCCACCACACAAAAAAAAAGUUCCACCUGACACUUCUGUGAAGGAAAGGCUUUUCAUACUUUUUCAUCCCCAUCCUUUACCUGUAAAUGUACUGGAGGAUGUGUUCUGUCGUUUUGGACACUUGAUAAAAGUUUAUCUGGUGGCUGGAAAAAAUGUGGGCUAUGCAAAAUUUGCAGACAGAGCAAGUGCCAGUGAUGCCAUAACUGCGUUACAUGGCAAGAUUGUGAAUGGUGUCAGACUUAAAGUAAGGUUGGCAGACUCGCCUACAGAAGAAUCUAACAAACGACAGAGAACUUACUGAGCAGCAUUAGGACUAUUGCCGAAAGAGAAAUAUCACUGGGGGAGGAAAGGCUAAGUCCUGUUUUCGACAAAGUAACUCACCAAUAUUACUGUAGCUUACAAAUAACUUCAGUAGCCCUAUUAUCUUCAUAAGGGACAUGCAGUUUUGCUUUAACUCAUUCAGAAAACAUCACAUGAAAUCCUGAGUCUCUUCACAUCAAUAUUUUACUUCUGACCUUCACUCCUUGUACCUUUCUUUGUGUAGAUAGUCUUUGUGACCCUGGAGAUGCCCACAGUGUUCUUUUCCUCCUUUUUUUCCUAAGGACUUUGAUGUUGUUCUUUUGAUAAGCAGCAGUUACUAAAUGUGGCCUUAGCCUUUAUACACAACUUGCUUUUUUUAAAAAAAAUGGAUUUCUAGCAUUAUUUUACUGCAUUGAAUUGUAAAAAAAAAGUUUAGUUUUAGCUAAUCAUCGGCUCUGGUGAACGCAAUUUUAAGUAACGUGUACCCAUGCUCUUAUCUUUGUACAAAGGUUUUGUUUGUUUUUAAUGUGACUCUUAGUUCCAAUAAUAAAAGGCCAGCCUCUUGGUCACUACAGGAAAAACUGUGAUGCAAAGUGUAAUGUAAUACCAGGUCUGCCUUGACUACUUUUUACUAGAAAAGUGUACAUACGGUACGCAUCCAAAAUUAGAAAGGUGAUUUAUCCUUACUUUUUCUUUCUUUGUUUUUAAGAAAGACAAGAGUGAGAAGACUGGGAGGUUCUCUUCUGAUUGUCAAUCUAAAACUGAUUUUUUUUUUUUUCUUAAUUUAUACACGCGCGUGUGCAGGCAUAUGCAAGCAUGCAUUUUCCCAGAUUUUUGAGAAGAUUCUUUAAGGUCUCCAGCUGACAAAAGGUGCAGUUGGUCACCAAUGGGAUUUUCAAAAGGCUAAAACUUAUUUAUAUUUCACAUUAUGUUUGAAAAUUCUAAUAUAUACCUAUUACUGAUUACUUAAAAACCUGAACUCACUUAUAAGGUAAGGGUAGGACAUACACACUUGCUGUUGUGCCAUUUUACCUAAUUAGAAGACUGGAGAAAUAAGGUCAUGUUUGAAGAAUAUUUUUACACAUGCAAAAUUACAGCAGAGCUCUUUGUCUUUUCCUAGUUUUUUUAAAUUUCUGUAAAUUUUCAAAUAAUAAAGAGUACUAGUUUUAGUUUGUUCAAAGAUGGAUACCCUAAAUCUGUCUUGGGCAGAUUACCUGUAAUUCUGGUGCAAGUGACUGCUGAAUAUUUCCCUUCUGGUUGGCCUUUCAUCUGCGGCGUACGUGCAAUAACACAGGUAGAAGAGCUUUCUAAAUGUAUCAUGUUACACCCUGUACAUCAGGUUCCUGAUCCUGAGUCUCUUAGCAGGUUGCCUUAGUAUCUAUCUCUUCUUAGGGUAAACAGACAAAUUUACUUACUCUCUUUUUGUUCUUUGGCCGGUUUCUCAAAUUCAAAUGAAAUGGUGCAUAAAAAGAACGAUUCCAGAUGUGCUCCUUUUUAAGAGGGCUUGCUCAUUUAAAUCGAGCUUACCACUGUGUGACUCUGCAUUGGACUGACUGCAGAAGUUUUGCAGUAGUUUAGAGGCUUGUAUUUUGCUUGCAAUUAAAGCUUUAAAGCGUGCAUGUGAAAGGGGAUGGAAUUCUCUCUACAUCUGAAAUACUACCUUUUUUUUAAGAUGUGAGAAUAUUAACUUGUGUUAUUUUUGAAUGGAGGAAAUAAUCUUAGCUAGAACUGUGAAUUUUCACUUAAGGAAGUCAUUGCCUUUUAAAAAAAAAUUAAUAAAUCCUUUCUAAAGUCCAGUUGUAUUGCUUGCCUCUUAGCUCUAACAAGGUGACUGGACUUCUGCAAUAGUCUUUUCUAUACAAGGUUCUGUGAUUAAAAUCCUUGAUAAGAUCUGUGAAUUCAAUAGAAUCUAUGUGAAAAUAAAUUUAAUUCAAUUGAAUAAUUCAAUUUAAAGAAAAUAUUUAUUUCAACACAGUUUUUAUCUGCCUUUUUGAAGUUUUUUCCCCAAUAAUAUUUUUCUUGUCUAAUCAUCUUUUUUAACAUAAUCUACAAAACUGUUUCUUUAAAAUUUUUUAUGAUAAUGGUAUGCUACUGAUAACUCUUUUGCAGUGUAAACUUCUGAUCAUAAGAAUAGACUGUUAUCUUACAAUCACCUUUGUUUAUCAGGAGAAUUUGAAUACAUGUGUAUUAAUAUUCU